AUGAACGACUUCUCCGCCACCCUUUCGGGGAAGCCCAAGCUCCAGCUACUUUGGCCCGAGCACGUUAAUCUGCCGUUCCUCAACACCGUUCCUCACAGAUAUCGAAUUGGCCGCCGACGCACCAAAUCGAAAUCGAGACCUGGCAAUGAGGAGAUCACCAGUCUCAAAACCUCUUUCAACGCCUGGGAUGGUGUUCGUGAUCUCCAGAAGCAUCAUUGGAGGACGUCAGAUCUCCAAUAUGCUGUUGUUGGCCUCCUGGUUCUCUUCUCCUUCUGGAUUGCCCCCCCGGCUCCUGGUGUCAAGCUCCUAGCUAUCAUUGGUAGUGUUUGGGUUCUGCUUAUGCCUGCCACACGUCAAUUCUUUUUGCCAUCAGUGACAAUCUGGACCUGGCUAUUGUAUUUCUUUUGUAGCCGAUUCAUCCCCAACGAGUACCGACCUCAUAUUUGGGUCCGCGUGCUGCCCGCCCUCGAGAACGUCUUGUACGGUGCCAAUCUGUCUAGCAUUCUCUCCGCUCAUCAACACUCGGUUCUCGACAUUCUUGCCUGGAUCCCCUACGGCCUGUGUCAUUUUGGUGCUCCUGUAGUCUGCGCCCUGCUCAUGUUCGUCUUUGCUGCCCCAGGUACCGCCCCUGUCUGGGCUCGCACCUUUGGCUGGAUGAGCAUUCUGGGUGUCACCAUCCAGCUUCUCUUCCCCUGUGCGCCACCUUGGUACGAGAUGGAGCACGGCCUUGAACCUGCUGCCUACGGCAUGCCUGGAUCUCCCGCUGGACUCGCCCGCAUCGACGCCAUUUUUGGCAUUGACCUCUACACGACCAACUUCAGCACUGCACCUGUUCCUUUCGGCGCUUUCCCCUCGCUCCACGCCGCGAACGCUGUUCUCGAGGCUCUCUUCAUGUCUCACUGUUUCCCCCAAUUCCGAACCUACUUCAUUAUGUACGCUGGAUGGGUCUGCUGGGCCACCAUGUACCUCAGCCACCAUUAUGCCAUUGACUUGGUGGUCGGUGGCUUGAUUGCCUCUUGCUUUUUCUACGCAGCAAAGGCCCGAUGGUUACCCCGACGACAGGAGGGAAAGAUCACACGAUGGGAGUACGAGUACGUGGAGUAUGGCGACUGCACCGCCAUUUCUGACGAGGAGUAUGGCGAGUAUUUCGGUAUGGGUCUGCUUGGACGCGCUCGCGCCGACUCCAGCGAUGGCUGGACUGUUGCCAGCUCCAGCUGCAGUUCUAGCAGCGGAACCUUAAGCCCUACUCUCUCCGAAGAAGCCCUUCCCGGGAUGCUCAUGGAUAUGGACAACAAUGGACAGCUCUGGGACGGCAACGCUCCUGCUCGAGAUGUGGAGCUGAGUGAAGUUAUGGUGGUGCGAUAA